AUGCCCAUCAAAUCGAUUCUCCACAAAGUCGCACAUCCCUUCUCCUCAACCAGCAAAGCCGCCUCAUCAAUCACUUUUGACAAGUUCUGCAACAUAAUAGACGGCAAGCAACGAAGUGGCGAUCAAAUCCACAACGCCAUCAACCCCCGCACCCAAGAAAAACUCUGGGACAUCCCCAUCGCCACAGAAAACGACGUCAACGAUGCCGUCAAAGCCGCAGAGCGAGCGUUCCAGGACUGGCGCCCCACACCCAUCGAAAAUCGACAAAAACUGAUGAAGGAGUACAUCCAGCUCUGGAAAGAGCACCACACGGAGAUGACCGAUCUCCUCAUGGCGGAGAAUGGCAAAGCCCGCACAAUGGCCAUCGUCGAAGUCGACAGCGUGUCGGCGUUCUGGGAGUACUUCAGCAAGAUCACCUUCCCUGUUGAGGAAUUCGAAGACGAGCAGAAAGUCGUCAAGACGAUCUACAAACCCCUCGGCGUAGCCGUAGGGAUCUCACCCUGGAAUUUCCCCCUGUCCCUCUCGCUGGCCUUCAAAGUCGCCCCGGCCAUCGUCGCAGAUUGUCCGAUUAUCAUCAAACCCUCACCUUUCACGCCCUACACAGCGGCAAAAGCUAUCGAGCUCGCUCAGCAGAUCUUCCCGCCUGGCUUGAUCCAAUGUCUCGGCGGCGACGACAGACUCGGGCCUUGGCUAACAGGCCAUCCCGACGUGAAGAAAAUCUCCUUCACGGGCUCCAUCGCGACAGGCAAAAAAGUCACGGAAGCCUGCUCCAAGGACCUCAAACGUGUCGUCCUCGAGCUCGGCGGCAACGAUCCCGCCGUCGUGUGCGAAGACGUGGAUAUCGAAGCCACGGCCGCGGAGUGCGCUAUGGGGUCGUGGUUCAACACGGGGCAGAUGUGUGUCUGCACCAAGCGCAUUUUUGUGCAUGAGAAGAUCUAUAAGCCUUUCAUGGAGGCCAUGAUUAAGUUCACGAAGACGUUGAGUUUGGAGGCUGAAGGGGAGGGAGCGCUGCUCGGGCCUGUGCAGAAUGAGAUGCAGUACGAGAAGGUUUUGGAGGUGGUUGAGGAUUCGAGGGUGAAGGGUGGUGGGAAGGGGUUCUUUAUCAAUCCGACGAUUGUGGAUAAUCCGCCUAGUGAUUCGAUUGUGUGGAAGGAGGAGCCGUUUGGUCCUAUCGUCCCAGUCCAGCCCUGGAAGGACGAGGCAGAUGUGAUCCGACGCUGCAACGACGACAAGACUGGCCUUGGUGCUUGCGUGUACUCCAAAGACAUCGAGCGAGCGGAACGUAUUGCCGCCAACAUUGAUUCUGGUACCGUAUGGGUCAACUCAUUCGAGAAACCUGUCCCAGAGGCAUACUUCAGCGGCCACAAGAUGAGUGGACUCGGUGGUGAAGGCUCGGUGAAGGGGAUGCUGGCGUAUUGCAAUGCGACUGUGAAUCAGCGGUACAAGAAGAAUGUCAACUAUGCGUGA